AAAGCUUUAUCUGUACAGCCCCAGAGGGGAGGAGCUACAAUUUUUUCCUCCUUUUUUAAUUAGUGCCUGAAAUAAUGCAAGUGUCUUUCCUUUCCAGGACAGGAAGCCCAUCACUCAACAUUACAUUACAUCAAGGAAAAAAAAAAAAAAACUAGAAACUUACAUAAUUCAGUAGCCUCUAAGUAUCAUUUUACACAAUUAUACUAAAUGCCUCACAGAGAAAACGAAAACCAUGUUGGUUCCUGAUGAUUUUAGGAUCCAGUAGGUCGUUUUUUCCCUGCGCACGAGGCGAAAAAAGACGAUAAUCACAGCGUUGCGAGCCUUCACUUCACCUAGGUGAAUAUAUGUUGCAGUCCUGUUUCUUUGUCAGUUUUGUUUCAUGUUUUUUCUAUAAUUUUCAUUGAAAUGGUGGAAACAUUCUAUUGUUCUUCUGUUUUUGUUGAUGAUCAUGAGAAACGCUUUAAUUGUUCUGUAAUCUACUUCAAACACCGGGCCUUUGUUAUGUCAGUAGAAACUUCCAAGUACUAAUUUUUCCAGUUAGUACAUACAAUGAGGUCAUCAUAGUCCACAUUUUGUCAUCAAAAAAUUCAUCAUAGUUCAAAUCCUCUAGAGGAACAAAAAUAUAGAAUGAGCACAUUCAACACUGAAAGAUCAAAAGGGAAUAAUUGGAACAUCUACAACAGUAGUCCACCAUCUUCUUCAGAUCCUACUCCUACUCCACUACCUCCUGAUCGAGAUGUUCCAUGGAGAAAUCUCGGGACAUCAAUGAACGCGAUUUCUUUCGGAUUCGUGGCGACAGCAAUCUUGAUUUCCAUGUUCUUGAUCAUGGCCAUCUUCGAACAUCUUUUCAAGGCUAAUGAAUCAUCUUUUUCUUCUUCUUCACCUGAUGAUGAUGAUCACCAUCAAGGAAGCACAAUAAAUGGGUCCUCGCAAACCACUGUAGAGAUGCAGAAACGUCAAGAUUCCCAAAUGGUUUUGACAACCUCGUAUUCCUCGGAGUUGUCAGUUUUAAUGCCAGGACAGCAGUAUCCUACUUUCAUUGCCCAACCUGCUCCUCUUCCUUGUCAAAGGGAAGGGAUUUUCUGGCCUCCCCACCAACAACAUUCCUAGUUUUUUUUUUUUUUCUUUAUUUUGGUCUUAGAGAUAAACUUCAUAUGAAAAAUCAUUAGUCUAAGUAACAUCACAUUCCAAUAUCCAUCCGUAUUAAUGAUCUUUUGAAUUGCGAUUCCACGAUUCUUCGAUUCAAAUGCGCGUCUUAAAGGUUUGAUAAUUUGAGGUUGUAUAUUAUAUUCUCUCCGUCCAAAAAAAUAAAAAAAUAAAAAAAUUCUUUUGGACUAAAAUAGUAUGGCAAAUAGAUUUUAUUUUAUUUUAUUUUUAUAUUUUCAGGUCGGAGGGAUGUAUGAAGUUUGAAGAUACAUUUGUAGUAGGGAUGUUUAUAUAUUCAAUAGUACAGUUAAGUAGGCUGGAAACUAAAGCAUUGCUCUGGGAAAUGAGGGUGUUUUUCUACUCGAUAUUAAACGCGCGUAUCAGAAAAGCACUCCAGAUUGGGGCUGCUACUAAAACAUGCAGAUGAGAAUGAUAGGAAUAAAUUUAUAUAGUUAAACACUUAAACUACUCAGGUUCCAAAUAUGAAAAUAUGUACGUAUAAAAAUGUCAUUCGUUAUAUUUCAUUUUUUGUAUCAUACUCCUUCAGCACCGAAAACAUAAAUAGUCAAAAUUAUCAUACGGAUGACAAAUAAGUGUGGUCGCACACCAAAGGGUGUAAGGAGU